GUCUGGGGGUGUCCGUGGGGUCCAGAGGGGCCCGGGGGGAUGCGGGGAGACCCGGGGGAUCCGGGGGUGUGGGGGGGCUGGUGUUGGCUUAGCCCUUCCUCGGCGGGAGCCGCCUUCAGCCGUCGCUGCCGUGGCAGGGAAGGGGCGUGAGUGACCGUGAGUGUGACCGUGAGUGUGAAUCUGAGUGUGAGUCUGAGUGUGAGUGGGGAGGUGGGAGAUAAUCCCCAGUGGUCUCGGCCCGGUUGUGGCCAGCCUGCGUUUGAGGCUCCCCCGUAGCCUCCCUCCCCACUCAGAUCAGGGGGAGGUGGUGCCAGCCUGGAGCCGGAGGGUUUGUGGAAAAAUAACUCGGAAAGUUGGAGGAGACGAGGUUUUCCCCAAAGUUACGUAACUCCGCCAGUGGGACGGAGCCACCCGUGUCACGGAUCGCGAGUGUGCACCGAGGUCACGGCGCUACAGCCCAGCGAAGGCGAACCUUUCUGCAGCACCGUGUCGGAAAACAGAAGGGCGCGUAUGGAAGCAUGCCUCCUUACGUCAUUGCAUCUUUCUGUCAGCGUGGAUUGUUAAUUGAUUACGAGUUACGUGUGUGUUCCCGCUUCGAAGUGCGUAUGUCUUAGGAAUAAAAGCCAAACUGCAUCCUUCAGAAAAAUAAGUUGCUGAAUGAUCCUCGGUGACCUCUCCUGCAGGAACGAGCCUGAGGAAAUCUGUCCUCUUUUGCUCAUAGACUAGAGGAUUGCAGGAUUCCCCUGUAACGCUUACAAUUCAAUGGCUUGUUUCAAGGCACUGCUUUAUUCGGCUUUCUCAUGAAGGAUGAUUUUUCGUGUUUUGGAAAUAGGAGAUCCUAUUCUUCUUAAGACAUAGGAGAAAUUCAACAAUUUCAAAAUGUCAUCAGUGAAGCGCUUGGUUUAUGCUGUCAUCCAUUUCUUGAGAGAGCAGAGUCAGAUAGAUACUUUCACUCCAGAUGAACAAGAAAGCCUGGAAGUUGCAAUUCAGUGUCUGGAGACUGUUUUCAAGAUUAACCCAGAAGAUACUCAUCUUGCACCUCCACAGCAUUUGAUAGAGAUGUUCAGAAAUUCUUUCCACAAGAAUGACAUGCUGCCUCUCUCAGAUUCUUUACCAGAGGAUAUUGAAAAGGCGGACCAACUGAAGGAUGAAGGUAACAAUCAUAUGAAAGAAGAAAACUUUGUUGCAGCAGUGGAUUGUUACACUAGGGCUAUUGAACUGGAUCCAAACAAUGCAGUCUAUUACUGCAACAGGGCUGCUGCUCAAAGUAAACUCAACAAAUACAGUGAAGCAAUAAAGGACUGUGAGAGAGCCAUAGCAAUAGACCCGAAGUACAGCAAAGCAUAUGGGAGAAUGGGGUUGGCUCUGACCUCAGUGAAUAAGUUUGAAGAAGCAAUUACCAGUUACCAAAAAGCACUGGAUCUUGAUCCAGAAAAUGACUCUUACAAGUCAAAUUUGAAAAUAGCAGAACAGAAACUAAGAGACAUGUCCAGUCCUACUGGAACUGGACUGAGUUUUGACAUGGCAAGCUUGAUAAAUAAUCCUGCCUUCAUUAGUAUGGCAGCAAGCUUAAUGCAGAAUCCCCAAGUUCAACAACUGAUGUCGGGGAUGAUGUCAAAUGCCAUCGGUGGCCCUGCUGCAGGUGUUGGUGGCCUGUCGGAUUUGUCCAGCCUGAUCCAUGCGGGGCAGCAGUUUGCACAACAGAUCCAGCAGCAGAAUCCAGAGCUUAUAGAGCAACUGAGAAAUCACGUCCGGAGCCGAUCUUUCAGCGGCAGCACUGAGGAGCAUUCCUGACUUAAAAGAAGGCAUGUGAAUUGGAAUGGUAUAUAACCUCAAAAUGCAUACCAUAGUUAGUGGCAAAAGCACCAUUGUUAACUCUUCUGCUUGAAUAGAAGACAGAAAAUUCUUUGUGUGUGUUUGCAAACAAUAAUAAAUCUGUUAAACAGAUCUAUUGCACAUAACUUGGAACAUAUCAUUUAUGUAUACUUAAUCCUCUGAAAAUUAAUACACUAAAUACAUUCAGUGGUCUGUUAAAAUCCCUAUGUACAAGUCAUUUUCAGUAUGUGCAUUAGAUUGAUCUCCAGAGGUGUCCAGUGUCAAGGAGUUUUGGAGUGGGCUGACUUUGUGUAACAACUUAAUUCUAAAAUCCUAGUGCAAAAGGCAUGUUAUUCUGAUGGUGAAAAUUGUUACAGCUGUAACUCCCUGUCAGAUACGCUAUUGAAACAAUAGAUGCAUCAGCCCUUCUGAUGUACAUCUGAUGUGCCCUUCUAUAAUGAGCAUAAAUCAGUGUUGGAGUAUAUAGCGUACUUAAAUCGCAUGUCUGAAAUCUGCUUAUAUCUGUGGAGGGGCCGUCAUUGGUACUCUUCAACUUCAUUUGGCAGAAGGGAGGGAAACGAUUGCGAAUGAAGGAGUACCAUAAAUUGUAGAUGGAAAGGAUGGAAAUCCUGAGUAGAUACCACAGAUACCAAAAUGCUACUUGGCUAGGGAAAGGAAAUAGCAUUAAGAAGUUUCAGGUACCUCUACUACCAUGUACAUUCUCAAAUCAUCAUAGUCGCCCUGGAGGCUAGCAGUGUGGCACUAUUUUCGUAGGGAUGUCAAACUGUAUUACAUUCUGUAUGUAUGCAGGAUUUAACAUAAGCUUAACAGUCAUAACUAUAAUAAGCUAACACUGAUUCAAUGACUGUAUAACUAGUAUUGAAAACUUAUCCCAAAAUAGCUGCUUUAGCAGGAUUCUCUUUCUAUUCAUGUGUGAUGAAUCACUGGCCUGAACAACGAAGGAUUUUUUUCAGUUUCAUUGUAUGUAUCUCCUUUAAGCAAUGGGUGUGUGGUCAAGCUAAAGAUUUUUGCCGUCUUUGAUGUUUCUAUUUCAUCUUUUUUUUACUUAGCACAUCUUAUUCUGAAAGAAACCACUGUUUUUCUGUAUUUUUAUUAUAUUACCUUUUCUUUUUAAUUCUGCCUGGUGUUCACAUUCCUUUCUGCUACAAGGUACAUAUUUUUGUCUCCAGGGGAGUUCUCAACACUCACAAUUUUCUUUGCAUAUCAAAAUUGAUUUGAGGAGCCUGCUUUGAUUCCUAAGACAAAGUGACCUCUGCUGGCCAGUCAGAUUGGAGACAGUAUGUGGACGAGUAAAACAGAGACUCCCAAAUGGAGAAGUACACAGGAACUCCUAUACUUUGAAUUGGAUAUAAUACAUAUUGUGUGGUCAAAAAAAAAACCAAAACACCUCAGGUAGUGGCAAAUAAAAGAUGGGGACUAAGUCUAGGACUUCAAAUGCUAGUUGUGCAUCUAUUGUAUGAGCCUUCAGCUAUUAAGAGAGGAAAAAAUGCAGCUGACUCCAACGGAAAAUGAACAGAACUGGUGAAUACACAAAACCCAGGAAACUCGUAUCAUCUUUUGAAUAAAGAUGUAAAGCUUAAAACAGCAACUUCAAGACAUUCAUAGUUUCACCAGGGCUUGCCUACAUACAGCAUUGAGAUGCUUUCUUUUUUUAAUUUCCAUGUGUUGCUGUAGCUGCUUUUCUGAGGCUGUAGAGAUCUUUAAGCUUCACAUUAAAUACAUUUCCAAAUAAAAACUUAUAACAUCUGAUGACAAAGAAAUUUAUUCUUAACAUGAUCUUUUAUCAGAGGUAGUUCAGAUUUUGAAUCUAACUUAACUGUGAUUUCAGUUUAGUCACAGUUAAGAGGCCAGGAUACCAUUUACAAGAAGGGUCAGUGGAGGUGCAAAGUAGGUUAAAGCUACUCUACAGACAUUACUUGAAGUAGUGUGUUGUGUCAGGAGAGAAGCAUUGCUCCUAGCACCUAUCUCUUUGCAUUAAUCUUUCUGGUUCCUCUUAUUUUUCUUUCAUAUUCUCAACUAACAUGGGUCCUACUAGCUUUGAUGAGGGGAAACCAGUUAAUCCAGAAUGGACUGGACAGCACAUCAAGAUCUCUCACACUCAGUUUAUGCUUGCUUUGACAGCAAGCUUCAUGUAGUCAGUUUUCUUUCUAAUUCAAAACAGCAAGAGUGUCAAGAACCUCUUGAGAACUCCAUAAGAACUACAAUGAUAAUUGUAUUAUAAGACGUAAAAUCUGCUGUAGAAGUUGUACUGUAUUCCGUAAACAUACUUUUUUCUUUGUAAUUGUUCACAUGUGCAGCCCUAUAGCUUACUGUAUUUAUGGGAUAACAAUCCCUAAGGUAAAAUGGAAUUGAAGCAUUGGUUAGUUGUUUGAACUUAAAGAUGAUUUCAAUGUAAUUUUGCAUACUAAAAUACUGUCAUGUUUAGGUUUUAAGUCAGUACAGAUCAUAUGUAACCAGAACAUUCAUUACAAUGAUGGCAUUAGCUGACCCUUUUGGAAUGCGCUACAAUUAGCAUAAUACUUAACUUGUAAACAUUCUUUGUUUCUUGUAUAUUAACAAAAAGGGCUUUAUAGCCUCAGUAAAAAGAAAGACGGCGUAACCAAUAACAGGAGCUGUCAUGGUGUGCUUUUCCAUUGAAGCCAGGAACAGAGGGAUCAUUUAUGCUAAAAUCUAUUUUGCCUUGAAUAGGUUAAAUUGUUUCACAAAGUCAUGCAAUACGUCUCAAUCACAGGGUGAGGAAGGAAUCUUUUCCUGUGUGAUAACUGCACUUUUGUUUUGCACUAAAAUUUUUCAUUCUGCUUGAUCAAGUGGUAAAUCCCAAUCUCAGUAAAUACUACUUUAAUUUAAGGUCAGUUACAGUUCAUCAUUUUAACUGAACAAAUAUGCAUUUAUCACCUAACUGGUUUUGUAUCAUUACUGUUCCAUCAGUAUUUAAGUGUGAUAAUGGUUAGAAAAGAAAGUGUUUUGCAUUCCAGUUGUAAAUUCCUGUAACUUGCUUGCAUGGAAAUAUAUUCUAAGUAUGCCUGAUCAGAGAAACAUCUAAUGAAAUACUCAGCGUAGAACUUGUUUCAGUUGCAGUUUUGGUUUUGUAAUGAGUAUAAAGUAGACUCAUUUGUCCUGAGACAGAAUUAAAUCUGCAAGUUCUGAAAAAAUCAUCAUAAUACCGUUUGAAGCUACAGAUAGUCAUACUGGCAAAAUGCAACUUGGCUACCAUUUCUGUAUCUCUCCUACCUCUUACUACCACAUGGUCACAUCUCCUUCAAUUUGUGUCAACUUAACUUGAAAACAGAUUAUAAAUAAAGUUAUUUACAUUUUUUGCGUU